UACCCUUCUCGUAGCCACACAUGGCACCUCAUGGAUCGUCGUUUCCGUCGCCGGCGACCCUACCUCCCGGUCCCGGAGCAACGUACUCCCGGCAACUCUGCAUUUCGUACCGCAGCUUCGCCGCUGCUCCGGCGACUCUGCCAUUCACCGCCUUUUCGUUGCCGGCGCCGCCAGCAUUUUCUUACCCCGCCGGACGGACGCAGCCGCUCCAUAGUCGGGCGAUUCAGCCGGGCCUUGGAAUUAGGCCUAGCAGCCAAACCAGAAACCACUACUUGGGCUGGCACCACACGAUUAAGCAAAUUCCAAUAUUUAAGAGGGUCAAAAUGAAAAAUCCUGUUUAAGUCGAACUCUCUAGUUUCUACCGGAGCGGCGGUCCUCCAGCCUCGUGCUUCGAUCCUGCAAGCUGAGCGACCGACCAACCGAUCGAACCGAGAAACCGUCGUUGGUGCAUGCUCCUGGAUCCGCCUUUACGCAAUGAAGAUAGCAUGGAAUAAGAAUGCCAAGACGAAGAGGCAGCCGGUGGUAGCAUCAGCUAAGCCAGGGCUGCCAUUUGGUGCUGAGGGCGACAACGAUGAGGAUGAAAAGAAAGGAAGCGAAGAAGCAGGAACUGAAUAUCCUGCAACCAAGCCACUUGAUACCGCCCAGUCGCUCCAACACCAAGGGAACAAGCUAGCUGAGGAAGGGAAGUACCAUGAAGCGCUCAGUAAGUGGGAGGCUUCACUUAGCUUGGUACCAGAUAAUGUAAUAAUUCACGAACAGAAAGCUCAGGUUUUACUUGAGUUGGGAGAUGCAUGGCGUGCAUUGACAGCAGCGACUAGAGCAACAGAAGUUGAACCAUCAUGGCCUGAGGCUUGGGUAACUCUCGGUAGAGCACAGUUAAAUUUUGGAGAGCCAGAUAAAGCCAUUGAAUCUUUUGACAGGGCACUAGCAAUCAAGCCUGACUACAGUGAGGCAAAAGCUGACCGUGAUACCGCAUCCCGUCUUGUAAGAAAACGAGGACAAUUGCACUCUUCGGGCGAUCUGAAUGCUAACAAGAGACGUUUCACGGUUGGAGGGAAUUCGGAGAAGGAAGUGAAGAGUGAAGAGGAGGAUGCAUGACUCGUGACUGUAGGGUGUAGGCUAUAUUCUGUUAUCAUGUUAAGAGAAAUGCGACAGGAGUUGCUGAGAGGCUACUGAUUCUGCCAAAUUGUCGCUGUUCUGUUGAUUUGAGGGAAGUGGAUGUACAGCACAAUGGAAUUUAUUAACUUGUACUGUUUGCGGCACAAAUGAUAAUUCAGCAUUACGGUUCAGAGGA